AAACAUAGACCCCAAGAAUCACUAUAUAUCUACUCCAAUUCAUUCCCACCAUUUUGCAUCUUUCUCUUCUUACUAUUCAAUCCCACCAUUUUGUCUAUUUUCUCUUACUAUAAAUUUUGAAGGACUAUAUUAUCCUUUUUUCCUAUAUACUUCAUUUAUCGAUCAAGAUUCAACCUUUGGUGUCAAAGUUUUAUACAUGGCAAAAACCUCAAAAUCACUUAGAAAAAACACUUCUUCUAGCAAGAAUAGUGAUAAAGCCAUUUCCAAAGGGAAGAGGAAGCGAAAAGCGGUCUCCAAGGACUCGCCGCCGCAACAACGUAGUUCAAUCUAUAGAGGUGUCACCAGGCACCGGUGGACGGGUCGAUAUGAAGCUCAUUUAUGGGAUAAAAAUUGCUGGAACGAUACACAGACCAAAAAAGGAAGACAAGUAUAUUUGGGGGCCUACAAUGACGAGGAUGCAGCUGGACAUGCAUAUGACUUGGCAGCACUGAAAUAUUGGGGUCAACACACCAUCCUUAAUUUCCCAGUGUCGAUGUAUGAAAAAGAGAUUAAGGAAAUGGAAGGUGUAUCAAGAGAAGAGUACAUUGGUUCUUUGAGAAGGAAGAGCAGCGGAUUUUCAAGAGGAGUCUCGAGAUAUAGAGGCGUAGCUAGACACCACCACAAUGGACGAUGGGAGGCUCGCAUUGGCAGGGUGUUCGGAAAUAAGUAUCUCUAUCUUGGAACAUAUGCUAGUGAAGAGGAAGCAGCAAUGGCAUAUGAUAUGGCAGCUAUAGAAUAUCGUGGUCAAAACGCUGUUACAAACUUUGAUCUUAGCCGUUACUUGAAUACCAUACCUAACACAAAUCAAAUACUGGAAAAAACAUCGGCUGUCGACCCCCCGGAAACACCACCGGAGUCAGAGAAACCUCGUAGGAGUUUCCCCGAUUACAUACAAACGUACUUUGAGGUGUGUCAAGAUUCGAGUAGCUUUGUGGACGACGAGCAUGAUAUUAUUUUUGGAGAAUUAGAUUCAUUUGUGUUGCCUAUGUUUCAGUGUGAGCUUGAGUACUGUCCAAACAUUGAAGCACGAUAGGACAAUACGUGAGGGAUUUUUUAGCUCAAUUUUGAAUGUUUGAAGAAUUAAUUAUAUAUUUUAUUUCUAGAGGUGAGAAAAAUAGUAUACUAUAUUUUGUUUCUUGCA